CUGAUUUCCGGCCCCUAGCCUGCUCGCCCCGCCGCCCGCCUGUCCCGCUCCCGCCCUCCGUGGGACCCGGAGGACUGGGGACCAUGCCGGAGCCCGGGCCGGACGCCUCGGGCACUGCCAGCGCGCCGCCCCCGCAGCCACCGCCCCAACCUCCCGCGCCCAAGGAAUCCCCGUUCUCCAUCAGGAACCUGCUCAACGGAGACCAUCACCGGCCGCCCCCGAAGCCUCAGCCGCCCCCACGAACGCUCUUUGCGCCGGCCUCGGCUGCGGCCGCCGCCGCCGCCGCUGCGGCCGCCGCAGCCAAAGGUGCCCUGGAGGGCGCCGCGGGCUUCGCGCUCUCGCAGGUGGGCGACCUGGCUUUCCCCCGCUUUGAGAUCCCAGCGCAGAGGUUUGCCCUGCCCGCGCACUACCUGGAGCGCUCCCCGGCCUGGUGGUACCCCUACACCCUGACCCCCGCCGGCGGUCACCUCCCGCGACCAGAAGCCUCGGAAAAGGCCCUCCUGCGAGACUCCUCCCCUGCGUCCGGCACAGAUCGAGACUCCCCGGAGCCUCUGCUCAAGGCUGACCCCGACCACAAGGAGCUGGACUCCAAGAGCCCGGACGAGAUCAUUCUGGAAGAGAGCGACUCGGAGGAAGGCAAAAAAGAAGGCGAGGCGGUGCCUGGCGCGGCCGGGACGACCGUGGGGGCGACUGCGGCGACACCGGGCUCAGAGGACUGGAAGGCGGGCGCCGAGAGUCCCGAGAAGAAGCCGGCGUGCCGCAAAAAGAAGACGCGCACCGUCUUCUCGCGCAGCCAGGUCUUCCAGCUCGAGUCCACAUUCGACAUGAAACGCUACCUGAGCAGCUCGGAGCGCGCCGGCCUGGCCGCGUCGCUUCACCUCACCGAGACGCAGGUCAAGAUCUGGUUCCAGAAUCGCCGCAACAAGUGGAAGCGACAGCUGGCGGCCGAGCUGGAGGCGGCCAACCUGAGCCACGCCGCUGCGCAGCGCAUCGUCCGCGUGCCCAUCCUCUACCACGAGAACUCUGCGGCCGAGGGGGCGGCAGCGGCUGCGGGGGCACCGGUGCCAGUCAGCCAGCCGCUGCUCACCUUCCCGCACCCAGUCUACUACUCUCACCCGGUGGUCUCGUCCGUGCCCCUACUACGGCCGGUGUGAGAUGGGACAGGGGACAGGGAGUGAGCACCCGGCCACCUUUCGGGGACCCCGGAGGAGACUGGGCCGGGCCGCGGGUACCGGGCUGUGGCCAGCGACCUUGGGCUCACUGCCUUGCCUCCCACCCCCCAAUAGCAUUUUGUAAGUAUUUGCAAUGCAUUUUCCGUGCAAUUAAUUCCUAUGAAUUUGAGGCGCUUCUCCUCUUAUUUUUGGUUUUGCUUACCAUUGAGAGAAAACGGGGUGGGGCAGGGGGGAACGACAAAAUUACCAGGUCAAAACUUCCAAUUGAAAGUUCUUU